AUGACCCCUUCAAUCGGCGACAUGGAGCCUGCGGAGGCCGAGUCCGCCUACUUCAACGAAUACCCACCGCCCAAGGCUCUCCCUAAACACGAAGCACUGGCUCGCGCCUUUAUCGAGCGCCAUGUGGAAGCCAACCGGCGCGUGGUACUGGUGACCUCUGGUGGAACAACGGUACCCCUGGAGACGCAGACUGUGCGAUUCAUCGACAAUUUCUCCGCCGGUACCCGUGGUGCUACCUCUGCAGAGUACUUCCUCGAGCAAGGGUAUGCAGUCAUUUUCCUGCACCGCCAGUACAGUCUCCUGCCCUACUCGCGGCAUUACAGCCACUCCACGAAUUGUUUCUUGGAUUUCAUGGACGAAGCCCCUCCUACCUCCGAGUCUGAGAAUCCCGACCAUGGCCGUAUCGUAGUACGCAGCGAGUACCAGGAUGAGAUGCGCGACGUGCUGCGCAAGUACCGAUUUGCGAAGCAGAACAAUUUGCUCCUUUUGUUGCCUUUCACCACGGUUUCGGAAUAUAUGUUCGAGCUGCGGUCAUUAGCGCAGCUGAUGCGCCCGUUGGGACCCAAUGCGCUUUUCUAUCUCGCGGCGGCUGUGAGCGAUUUCUUCAUUCCACGGAGUCGUAUGGCUGAGCAUAAGAUUCAGUCUUCUGAGAUCCCUGCCAACUUUUCAGAUGAAAGUGCUGUUGGAUCAGACGAUAUUUACACCGGCGAGAAUGCACCAGAGCCGCCGAAGAGCGGCAAGAAGCUGGUCAUCAACCUCGACCCAGUCCCCAAAUUCCUGCACCGCCUCGUCGAUGGCUGGGCUCCGGAGGGCAGCAUGGUCGUUUCAUUCAAGCUGGAAACAGAUCCCUCGCUGCUUGUGUAUAAGGCCAAGACCGCACUCCAGCGGUACUCACACCACCUCGUCAUCGGUAACCUGCUGUCAACGAGAAAGUGGGAGGUCGUUUUCAUCACGCCUGACCCGCCACACGAGCGAUGGAUUCGCGUGCCAAAGGCUCGCCGCAGCAAGAGUAUCUCUGGUGUUGAGGAUCAAGUCGGUCUUGCUGAGAUCAAGAAGGGCGGUUCUGCGUCGGGCGCAGAAGCCGAACAGCCACCUUCAGAAAGCCAUGGGGAUGGUCUUGAGAUUGAAAGUAUCAUUAUUCCGGAGUUGGUCGAGUUACAUGAAAAUAUGAUUCAGAAGCGGACGCAGGCUUCAUAA